AUGGAGGCACUGUUCAAGGACUUGAAUUUGGAAGAAAUACGGAAAGGCAUAGAGCAAGAUGAGGCCCAAGUUGAAAGAGUUGCCAAAUGGAUAUGCGACCACAACCUUUACAUAAAUUUACAAAUGUUAGAAAAAUGCAAAAAUGGGGAAAAGCCAAAUUUGAAUAUGAACGUCAUGGACGAAUUAGAUGAAAAAAUUAGCAGCACAAAAAACGAAGAAUUACUGUCUUGCACAAAAAAGUAUGUCUCAGUUUUGCACAAAAUUAUUCUUCAUUAUGAAAAACUAGACGUAGAAACGAAUAAGAAAAUAUUUGAAAUUUAUUCAACCGUAUCACUGAGAGUUUUUAUUUUUUCCAACCAUGAUUUUGCCCCCUCCAUGGAAAAGUCUGUACUCUCCCUUAUUCGAAAUAUACAUGUGAAAAAGCAGAACACCGCUCGCCAUAAAAAUGCAUAUUCGUAUAGCCUUUCAAAUUGUCUGCACAAUCUUUAUUUCUUCAUCUACUUACCUGAUUUUAUUUUUCUACAUUGCUUACUAAUUUAUUUGUGCUCGAAUGUUAAUUGCGAUGGGAACAGUGCAAUGGGAAAGAAGAAGGAGCAGGAGGAGGAUGAAUUAAUUAUUGACACGUUGACAAAAAUUAGUCAACUGUUCAAGAAGCUCGCCAUUCCCCUCAAUAGUGGAAAAACUGUUCAUGGCGAGGCCCCCUUUGAUGAGAACCUCCCACCAGGACAGGUCUGUGCAGUCCGUAUUCACCAUAUAUCAGACACAGUGAACAAUACCGGCACAAAAAUUAUCUACAAGAAAGGAAGGACAUUCAAAUUAAUGUAUCGAAAUAUUUGUUCCACAUUUGACACCAAUAAGUAUCCAAUUAAUGAAAUAGAAUUUGGCCAGAAUUACUCCCCAGAAAAUGUAAACGUAAAUAAUGUCCUCCUGCUGCUGAGAAUUAUGUCCCCCAACUUCAUCUCCUGGGUAUCGAAAAAAAAGAAAAAAGGAAAAGUUGCAGAAGAAGCGGAGGGAACGUCACGAGGUAUAAUCCCCAUUCCGAAAGAAUCACAAAUACAGUGCUACUCCUUCAGGCACUUAUACAUUAUAGACACCUCACAAAGUUAUCCCUACCCAAAGGAAGCUUUUGACACAAUGUUUUUCAUCCACUUUUUUCUCCAAGCACUUCAUAAGAUGGGAAAGCAUAAAUGGGGAAAACAAAUUGACCAGCUAAUGUCCAGCACAAUAAGCAACUGCCGUGGCAUUCUGGAAAGAAAUUAUUACUCCCCAUCCGGAUGGACUCCCACAAGAAUGCGCCACAUUAGAGAGAAGGAGGAGGUAGAACACAUGCAAAAGAGAGAAAUAGACAAGCGGGAAGCAGAUGCACCGGGGGAGGGAACCACGUUGACAGAUCCAUCUGGUGGAAAUGAAACCAGGGGUGCUACCAAACUUAGGAAAAUAUUGCCACAUCCGGGGAGGGACAUCACAAACGGGGCCCCUCACAACAAAGAACCGCGCACAGAAUUACGGGACCUGCACGAACAGGAAAAGACAACUCUCCCGGAUGCUAUCUUCAAGAGUAGGGACAAAAUGAUGCUCAAAUUGAAAAUCCUUAUCAUUUGGGGAUACAUCGAAGCAGAUGAUGUGGAAGAAUGGAAUUUUCUAAACUUAGCAAAUUGCUUCAUCUUCAAGGAUGAUGCAUGGUGUAGUCUUUACAAAAGGGGGAAUUACCUAGACCAAUAUUUAUUCAAAAAAAAUAAUUUUUUUACAUAUAACUCCUCCGUUUUUAAAAGCACAUACGAGUGCAAAACGUUGAGUUUUAAGUACAUGGAUGUGUUCUCCAAUUUUAUUGCCCUACUCGUACUUAACAUUGUAUCCGCACUAACCGAAUUUUACCUGAAAAUGGAGGAGUCAUAUGACCAGGAAAAGAACAAACAGGAUUCUGAAAAGGAUCCCAAUGCGAAAAGUGAACAAGACAACUCUUUGUCAUAUGAAACGCGAGAUUCUUCCUCCAUAGUUGAAGAGGCAAACCUGAUUGGAAAGAACAAAAUUUAUGUGCCUCCUGAGAUGGACGCAAAAAAUGGAGAAACUACAAAGAAAUGUAAUAAAUGUGGAAGAUCAGACAUAUUUGAAAUUUCGCUUAAGGAACUGAGCCAGGAUGUUAUCAGAGGACGCCUCCCGUUCAUUCCCCCCCAAAACAGUGAAAGGUUUGAAACUUUUUUUAACGACUUCAUUUUUAUCUGCCUCAAAUUGAUCAGCUGUCCUUCCGAUGAUGUGCAGUCCAAGUGCCUGUCAGUUUUAUCUCGUCUUACACCAAACAUCAGCAAGGUAAGCGAUUUGUAUAUAGAAUAUAUGAAUAGAAAAAUAGAGAAAUUAUUUGCCCUUAUUGAUGGAGGGGAAAACGAUUAUGAUCACACGGAUAAGGGAUGCUACUGCUGGAAGAAUCAAGUUGUACAAAACUACGUUCAUCUGAAAUGCAAAAUGGACAAAAAGAUAAACAUCGACUUGAUAAAAUCAUUGCAAAAGCUAAUAAAUAUCUGUAGCUUCAAAAGUUACAAUAAAGAUAUAUGUGUAAUAGUUUGUAAAAAUAUCAUUACGUGCUUUUAUUACCACCCAUUAUUAUUCCCAUUUCUAUUACAUAAAUAUAUGAACGUACUUUUUUAUCUCAUGGAGACUAACGAUGUCGACGUGGUGGCAGAUGCGUUGAGGUGUCUUUUCUUACUAUUCCAAAUAAAUUCGGAGGAUGUUAAAAUAUACUGCCACGAUAUUGUGUACAGAUUACAUCUACUCUUCAAUAUUUUCAACAAAUCGGACGUAACUGAUGUAAGAAAGGAACAAAACAUCCAACUGGACACCCCUGUAAAGAACAGUGCUGAAGAAGACAUCUCCACCAGUGUCACUUAUUUUGUAAAAAAGUUUUAUUUUCAAACUAAACACGUAGAUAGGGCCAGCUCAGACAUUUUGAUGCUCAUGAAACUUAUUCUUCGCUGUAUAUAUACUACAAUUUCUGCCACAGAAUAUUAUCAGCUUAUUCGUAUAUUUUCAGAGGACCCCCUGGAAUAUGAAAAAUAUUCGAAAGGCUUCCGCAUAUUUGCUACUUUCUAG